GUCCACUCCGGUUCAAUCUAUGAAAUGAAAUUGAGUGAUAGGAAUCUUCGGGAACAAUCCAUUUUCCGUUGGAUUUAAUCAGCUUCCAAUCUCUUCUCCUUCCUUUCGCCUCUGUUUCUUUCUCAUCCUUCCAAUACAGAUUUAAUCCUUUCUGUAACGGACGGUAGCUACAGAAAAAAAUGCGGGGUUCUGUUGCACUCGUGCUGCCUCCAAAAUGCAGGUUCUGGCAAAAGUACUCGAUGAAAGGAUCACGGGGAUUAUUGACGACUCCAAUACCUAAGAAACAAGAGGAGAAUGAAGCUAGCAAAACUAGGAUAAAGUUGGCUGACCCAAUAGUCGCCUAUAGCAAGCCUCCACCACUUCCACCUGUUAUUGGACCGUUGGUUGUUCUCUCGUUGCUAGAGAGUACUGAUGAAAGAGACAAGUGA